CAUCUCCUCUUCAAUCGCCCAGCCCAUUUCAUUUGAGCAAGUCAUUGACUCCUUCCUCUCCUGAUAGCCCCCUUCUACCAUCUCUCUUGCAGCCUCCACAACCCUUUCAUCUCACUCCAUUUCUGGUUCAAUUCGCUAUCUUUCAAGUAAAGUUUUGUCUUCUUCAAUUCCCCUUUCCCCUUCGAACCAGAGAAGAGAAAAGAAAGAGAAGAUCUUUCUCUGCACUGGUUUGAAGUUUUAGUUUUUUUUUAAUCAUGGGUUCUGUUCCGGCUUUGAAUUCCACAAAGCCUACGCAGAUACCAACUCAAGAAGAAGACUCACAGAACCCAUCCACUGCUCUUCUUUCUUUCGACACUGAUUCCUCUGAUCCCUCCAAUCCUCCUCGGAAACACACCACCACCAUCAUCUUCAUCUCUCUCCUCCUCAUCACCUGCAUUGCUCUCUCUGCUGCCUCCGCCUUCGCUUUCCUCUUCUUCUCCUCUGCUUCGUCUUCUUCUUCGACGCCUGCGCAGAAAUCUUCUCAUCUCGAAACAACAUCCCGUCCGUUAACAAAGCUUAAUCGCUCUGUGGUGCUCUUGAUUUCUUCCGAUGGGUUUAGGUUCGGGUAUCAAUUCAAGACUCCAACGCCCAACAUCCACCGUUUGAUCGCCAACGGGACUGAGGCCGAGACGGGUUUGAUUCCGGUAUUUCCUACUCUUACUUUCCCUAACCAUUAUUCUAUUGUUACUGGGCUUUACCCUGCUUAUCAUGGCAUUAUCAACAACCAUUUUAUUGAUCCACUCACUGGUGAAUUCUUUACUAUGGGGAGCCACGAGCCCAAAUGGUGGCUUGGUGAGCCACUCUGGGAGACUGUGGCCAAUCAUGGGUUAAGGGCAGCUACCUAUUUUUGGCCUGGGUCUGAGGUCCAUAAAGGUUCUUGGAAUUGCCCUGAAGAGUUUUGUAUGUUCUAUAAUGGUUCGGUUCCAUUUGAGGAACGGGUCGAUAAGAUUUUGAGCUAUUUUGAUUUGCCUAGCGCUGAAAUUCCUCUUUUUAUGACACUGUAUUUUGAAGAUCCUGAUCAUCAGGGCCACCAGGUUGGUCCUGAUGAUCCAGAGAUAACUGAAGCUGUUGCUGGAAUUGAUAGGAUGAUUGGGAGGUUGAUUAAUGGGCUAGAAAAGAGAGGGGUUUUUGAGGACGUCAAUAUUAUUAUGGUGGGCGAUCAUGGCAUGGUUGGUACAUGUGAUAAGAAGUUGAUAUUUCUGGAUGAUUUGGCCUCAUGGAUCGAUAUUCCAGCUGAAUGGGUGCUGUCCUAUACUCCAGUGCUCUCAAUUCGUCCCCCUCAUGGUGUGGCACCAUGGAGCGUUGUUGGGAAGAUGAACGAAGGAUUGCGGUCAGGAAAAGUUAAUAAUGGAAAGCAUUUGAAGUUGUAUCUUAAGGAGGAGCUGCCUAGUAGGCUUCAUUAUUCAGCAAGCGACAGAAUUCCACCAAUAAUAGGGCUGCUUGAAGAGGGUUUUAAGGUGGAGCAGAAGAGAACAAAAAGACAAGAAUGUGGAGGAGCACAUGGUUAUGACAAUGCAGUUUUCUCCAUGAGGACUAUCUUCAUUGGUCAUGGUCCAGAGUUUGCUAGGGGACGAAAGGUGCCAUCUUUUGAGAAUGUUCAGAUAUACAACUUGGUUACUUCAAUUCUCAAGAUACAGGGCGCUCCCAAUAAUGGGUCUCUAGAAUUCCCGAGGUCUGUUCUUUUGCCUUCUCCCAAGUAAACAUCUCCUAACCAGUUCCCAAGUUGUCUCACCUUCUCAAAAGAGGUGCAGUUGGGCUGGGCAAUUUUAUUGUGACCCCACAUGAGCAUAUAUUCCGCAUGAAGGAUGGUUGUGAAUUUAUAUGUUAUGGCGGUUAUAUCACUUAUGGUUGUUGAAGGUAAUUGAUUAGCAUUGAUCCUUGAGGUUGUUGAUCGUGCCCUUCAUCUGUUGUGAGCUGAUGAUAUCUGAGUGGAACCUAGUAUGUAAAAUUAUUAAAUGUGUACUUUUGUAGCUUGCUAUUUUGGGUUUUAUUUAGCCAGAACUAAAAGCAAUUAAGUGACCCCUUCCUGGUUUUAGGGAUUCUUAGCUUUACUGUUUUUACAGUGCAGAUAACAGAUGCAUAACUAGGACCAGGAUAUGCUUUAUUUUCGAAUGAGCCUGACUUUUGGCAGGUGGUUUGAUUCUUAGAAUUUGAGUGCUUGUUGUAAUAAUAACUUUUGCUAGCCAAAAGAAAAAUUGCAGAAAACCAAUUCGGCCCAA